UCAGGCGCGGAUUUCUUGAAGCUCGUGGAAACCAAAAACCCUCGUCACUGCCUCGCCGCCAUGUCCGCUCCGGCCGUGAUACGGGACUUCGACGACUUCGUCAAGGUCCAUGAGAUACUGCUCGCCGCCUCCGGCGUUCCUCCUACGCUAUACCGCCAGCUCUUCCGCAAGCUUUCCGCCGAUACUUUCGACGGCGGCGAGUUCUUCACCAUCGAGCCCUGCGAGGGCGGUCGCCAGCGUCGCCUUUUGCUCUCCGUGGAGUCUCUGUUGAGAGAUUCCGACGUUUUUCUCAUCGACCAUGCUUGGUCGUUCCGCCUUCCGGAUGCCCUUCAACAGCUGAAGGAGGUUCCGGGAUUGGCUGAGAGAAUGUCUGCCUUGAUGUGUGUCGAUCUCGAUAUGAAAACCAACGAUGAGGUAUCGGAGCUCGAAAUCAGUGAGGAGGCGAUCGGUAAAAGCCAGGAUAGAGUGUUGGAAGUACUGAAAAAGGAGGUAGACAAAGCAAAAGAAAGUGGACGUGACGCAACUUGGUUGGAGCUCGAUGAGCUCGAGAUUGACGACGAGAUGUUAAAGUCCCUAGAUUUGUCUACUAAGUUUCCGAACUUGGUUGCUCUCAACCUCUGGAGCAAUAAAUUACAGGAUUCAGAAAAUGUUAUUCAGGAAGUAACAAAAUGCAGAAAUUUAAAAGCAAUCUGGUUAAACGACAACCCUGUCGUUCGCAAUUGUGGUGAUACAAUUGCUAAAGCAGUUCUUGCUGGUAUCCCUGGUCUGGAAAUUUAUAACUCAUGCUUCACUAGCAAUUUUGGAGAAUGGGCAUUGGGAUUUUGUGGAGAUAUUGGUGGAGCAGACAAUACAGGAUGCUUUUGUAGCGAUAGUGGUUCAUUGGUGAAAGUCACCAAGCUUGAUCUUUCUAAUCGAUGUAUCAGGGACCUGCCAAAGGCUUUUUCACCUGUUGUGAUGCCAUCUCUUUCACAUUUGAAUAUCCGUGGCAAUCAGCUAGACCAAGUUUCCAUUGAUGUUCUCUUACAUCUAUUAAGGGAUUUCAGUUCUUUGCAAAGUUUGGAGGUUGAUAUUCCUGGUCCGCUUGGAAACAGCGCUGUACAAAUUUUGGAAUAUCUUCCUAAUUUAUCUUUUCUAAAUGGUGUUAGCAGAUCAGAUAUAACUGAAAGUGGUAAACAUGUUAUAGACUCUUCCCUUCAACCACGUUUACCAGAAUGGGGGCCUACAGAAUCUCUUGUUGAUAGGGUUCUUAAUGCAAUGUGGUUAUAUUUGAUGACGUACAGACUUGCAGAUGAAGAAAAGAUUGAUGAAACACCUAUCUGGUAUGUCAUAGAUGAGUUGGGUUCUGCUUUACGACACAGUGAUAAUCCAAAUUUCAGAGUGGCACCUUUUCUGUACGUGCCCAAUGGGAAACUUGCAUCAGCUAUAAGCUUUUCACUGCUGUGGCCAACCCAGGACGUGCAUUAUGGGGAAGAAUGCACCCGAGAUUUCUUAUUUGGUGUUGGGGAGAACAAACAACGCUCUGCAAGGCUCACAGCUUGGUUUCAUACACCAGAAAAUUAUUUUAUUCAGGAAUUCAAAAAAUACCAACAGCAGUUUGCAUUAAGAAAUCUUUGUGCUUCUACUGAGGAGUCCCCUCCAACCACACGUGUGCUUCAACAUAAUGAGCGUCCCCUCCGUGUUUAUACUGACAACCCACAAGUAGAUGAAUUCUUAACACAUCCUGAAUUCAUUCUCACCACUGAUGCGAAGGAGGCUGAUAUUAUCUGGACUAGCAUGCAAGUGGAUUCAGAAGUGAAGAAAGCUCUUGAAUUAACAGACCAUCAGUAUACAAAUCAAUUCCCUUACGAAGCUUGCCUUGUCAUGAAACACCAUUUGGCAGAGACAAUUUUAAAGGCACAGGGCAGACCUGAAUGGCUUCAACCUACUUAUAAUUUAGAAACACAUUUGUCCCAACUCAUUGGGGACUAUAUCAUCCGGAAACGAGAGGGACUUAACAAUUUAUGGAUUUUGAAACCAUGGAACAUGGCAAGAACAAUUGACACAACGGUUACUGGUGAUCUAUCAGCAAUUAUCAGGCUCAAGGAGACUGGACCUAAGAUAUGCCAAAAGUAUAUUGAGCACCCUGCACUAUUCAAAGGGAGGAAGUUUGAUCUGCGAUACGUCGUAUUGGUUUGCAGUAUGAAUCCUGUAGAGAUAUUUCUUUUUGAUGUGUUCUGGGUUAGAUUAGCAAACAAUCCAUACACUCUUGAGAGAAGUAGCCUCUUUGAGUACGAGACUCACUUCACCGUGAUGAACUACUGUGGGCGAUUGAAUCACAUGAAUACUCCAGACUUUGCAAGGGAGUUUGAAGAAGAGCACCAAGUUAACUGGCUGGAGAUCCAUCAAAAAAUUCGAGAAAUGAUAAGAUCUGUAUUCGACUCUGCCGCAGCUGUGCAUCCUGAAAUGCAUAGUGCUCAAUCGAGAGCCAUUUAUGGUUUGGAUGUCAUGCUCGACCAAUCCUUUAAGCCAAAGCUCCUGGAGGUGACAUACUGCCCGGACUGCAACAGAGCUUGUAAGUAUGACACAGAAGCUAUCGUUGGAAGCAAGGGAGUGGUCAAAGGACGUGACUUCUUCAACACAGUUUUUGGUUGCCUUUUCCUCGGCGAGACUGCACAUGUAACACCGCUCUGAAUGAUCGUUGAAGUCGAAGUUGAGAGUUUUUCUUAUAUUUUUCUUGAAGUAUCGGAAUUGUCGACGUGAUUUGAAACUCGGUACAAAUUUGUCUAUUGAACUUUUUUUUAAUUCAAUCUUUAGCUUCUAUUGAGCUUUCUAUCAUUA